CUCUCUCACCUGGUUCUCAUCUGCAUCUCUGAUCGCUGCUCCUACGACAUGUCGAGCUAUGGUGCAUCGCCACUACCUCUGAGUAGCGGGUACGCCUCUGCAGCUCCCUUGUCUAUGACACCGCCUGUCCCGAAAGCUCAUACACACUGCCGGAAACCUAAGCCCACUAAAAUCUUCUCUAGUGACGGCUCGUUCCUAGAGCGCUUCCAGCGCCUCAAGAAGGACGAGAAAGAGAUGAAGGAACAAAGAGAUAUAGUCGCUAGGAAACGAACCUUUGACGAGCGAUUUAAAAAAGGGGACCAGCGCCCUCCUCCUGAUGCUCAGAACUCAACUGCUGCCACAGAGCCUCCGGUAAAGAAGUCACAGAUGGAUACACCAACGACUCAGUAUCAGAAAGAAGUCAAGAGUCACGCUGGUCGUAGCCUAAAGGAUGACAGUAUUGGCGUCUGACUGGCAGCUUGUCAAAUAAUCAAAUGGACUGACAAUGUUGUUUUAUGGACUUUGAUCCG